AAAACUUGUAACAGUUGGAACAAGUACGGACAAAAUCCGUAAAGACAUUGCAAACAUGUCAAAAAGUACAGGCAUAACAUCACGAAUAUUUAAUUUAGUGAGACAGUCUUGGCGUAAAAAUCCAACACAAGUAACCAGUUCGAAAGGAGAAGAUCAUCUUGGAAACAAAUACUUCGAAUUGCCCGCAGACAAAGCAAAGUUUGGGAGAGGAAGAAGAUGGGUGGAGGCAAAAGAGAAAGUUGGAUCAGAUGAUACCCUUUCUGAUAUCCCUACAGAAUGGACCUCAUGGCUACGGUUUACACGAAAAGAGCCACCAACACAAGAGGAAAUUGAUAGAAAUUAUGUACUGAUGAUGAGAACCCAACACAGAGCUAAAGAAAUUGAAAUGAAGGAUCAAUUGCUAAAGGAAUCAGAAAAUCCAGAAGGGGAUGGUGUAACAAAGUCAAUACAAGGAAAAUCAAAUAAGUUUCCUGUUUAUGAAGAAUAUGACACCCAGCCAGGACGUAUGAAGAGAUGAUGAAGGACAAAUAUGAUUAGACUAAAUGUAUUCUCUUGUUUUAAAUAUGAUGUACAUAUGAUUAAGAAUAAAACUGUUUUUUAUUGUUA